AUGUGCAUCAUUUCAGGAUCUGAUGGUGCCAAAAGGCCAUUUACCCUCGAAGAUUACUACAACGACACCAUUAGGUGGAAAUCCUACAACUUGUAUUGGAUAUCAGACAAGGAGUAUCUGCAUAAAACAAGAGAUGGGAAUAUCUUCCUCCACAAUGCUGAAACAAAUGCGGAGUCACUAUAUUUGAGCAAUUCAACCUUUGCUCAGGUGGAUGCCACAGAUUACAUGCUGUCAGGUGAUUAUAAAUACGUCGCUUUUGAAAGCAAUUUCACAAAGAAAUGGAGACAUUCAUUCACAGCUUCUUACUCCAUCUAUGACAGGGAGAGUUCAACAUUUGUCAUGCCUGUGAAUCAUCCAACUGUUGUGCAGUACUUUGACUUCGCCCCAAAAGGAAACAAAUAUGCUUACGUCGCAGACUUCAACAUUUUUUUCAAAUCCAACGUGACUGCUGAAGUUGUGCAGGUAACCCACAAUGGGAAAAAGAACGAGAUCCUUAAUGGUGUCCCUGACUGGGUAUAUGAGGAGGAAGUGUUUGCAUCAAACGGGGCACUAUGGUGGUCAUCAACUGGAAAAUAUUUGGCUUACGCAGAGUUUAAUGAUACAAACGUUCACAAAGUGGAGUUCUCAUGGUAUGGGGAUGAGCAGUAUCCUCAAACAGUGGCUGUUCCAUACCCAAAGGCUGGGUCUUCCCUUACCAAGGUGAAACUGUUUGUGGUUGAUACCACUAAUCCAUCCCGCCGCACACAGGUGGUCGCACCUGCUUCUGUUGCUUCUGGCGAUCACAUGUUGUGCUCAGUGACCUGGGUUACAGACGAACGCGUCGCUGUGCAGUGGGUCACAAGAAAACAGAAUUACGUGGUUGUGCAAAUCUAUGACUAUGAUGGAAGCAGCUGGCAAGAAAAACAGAAAUUUGAGCAAACAAGCAAGACAGGAUGGGUCGGCCAUUACAUGCCCUUACCUCUUUUCUUUGCUGAUGAUCAACUCAGUUUCUACAAAGUGAUGAGUGACACUCAGGGCUACAAACAUAUUCAUUAUGUGAAGAAUGGCAAAGCAACACCUAUUACAUCUGGGACGUGGGAAGUCAUCUACAUAUCCAAGUUAACAAAAGAUGCCAUAUAUUUUGUGAGUAAUGAGCACCAAGGAAUACCUGUGAAGAGAAAUAUGUACAAGGUUGUGAUUGGAAGCAGCCCUUCUGCCCCUCAGUGUCUCACCUGUGGCCUGCAUAAGGACAGGUGUCAGUACAACUCUGCUUACUUCAGCUCUGACGCCUCUUACUAUCGAAUGGACUGCUACGGACCUGGGUUGCCCCUCUACACACUCGUGGACAACAGGGGCUCAGGUGCAGAGCUUUCUGUUCUUGAAGAGAACAAGAAACUGGAAAAUAUUCUGUCAGAAUUCCAAAUGCCAACAAUGCAGCAUGGCACACUGAAGGUUGCAGGACAUGACCUUUGGUAUCAAAUGAUGUUACCACCAAAUUUCAAGAAGUCUAAAAAAUAUCCUCUUCUUAUUGACGUGUAUGGUGGCCCUUGUAGUCAGCGGGUGGACUAUCGCUUCAAGCUGAACUGGGGCACGUCCCUCUCCAGUUCACACGGGAUCAUCAUCGCCAGCUUUGACGGAAGAGGAAGCGGUUACCAAGGGGAUGAAAUAAUGCAUGCAAUCUACAGGCGCCUUGGGACGUUUGAAGUGGAAGAUCAGAUAUCAGCUGUGAGGAAAUUCAUCGACAUGGGUUUUAUCGACAAAGACAGAAUAGCAAUAUGGGGCUGGUCAUAUGGUGGCUACGUCACCUCGAUGGCCUUGGGUGCAGGAACUGGACUCUUCAAGUGUGGAAUAGCAGUUGCCCCAGUGGCCAAGUGGGAAUAUUAUGAUGCAGUGUACACUGAACGCUACAUGGGCAAGCCCACAGACAAUUCAGACUCUUACGAAAAUUCCACAGUGACGGCCAGAGCAAAAAACUUCAAAACAGUAGACUAUCUAUUGGUUCAUGGCACAGCAGAUGAUAAUGUCCAUUUCCAGCAGGCAGCACUGAUCUCCAAAGCUCUGGUGGACAAGCAAGUUGACUUUAAGUCAAUGUGGUACACAGACAAGGACCACGAGCUCAGAGGAUCAGCCUACCAUCAUACAUACAACCUCAUGAGUCACUUCCUGCAGAAAUGCCUCGUUAAUCCCAAAUAAAUGUGAAGCAUGUGACAGCAUUUAUAGUGAACAUUACCCGUGUUUUUCUAAUUUGUGAUUUUUUUUUUUGUCAGUGUCAGGUUGACCUCUGUACAUUUGAUUUUUUUUAUGUGCAAUGGAUAUUUGAUUGAUUGUACAAAUUACCAUUUGUAUUUUAUGUGGAUUUAUGGAACCUUUGUCUAAAUAUCGGAUAUUAUAAACAUACUAAAAGCCGUGGCAUGCAUUCAUGGUUGAAAACGUUUUUUUUAUGUGAAUAUGAUGUCAUAAAA